CAUACAGCGCGCAGCCGGACUACUACAGCCGUUGGAUCCGCCCGAGCGACCCUGGCAACAAGUCACGAUGGACUACGUGACAGACUCACCGGCGGUCCCAGCGGAAACGAUGCCAUCCUCGUGGUCGUUGACCGACUCACGAAAAUGGCGCACUUCAUCACCUGCCAACAGACAAUCACCGCCGAACAAACCGCGCAACUGUUCCCCACGAACGUCAUCCGACUGCACGGACUACCCUCCGCCAUCAUUUCAGAUCGAGACCCGAAAUUCACAUCGAAUUUUUUGGCCCACCUAUGGGACCAAUUCGGCACCAAACUCCAAUUUUCAUCCGCCUACCACCCACAGACCGACGGGCAGACCGAACGCGUCAACCAGACCAUGGAGCAACUGAUUCGUACUACCUGUACUGACCCAUCGACAUGGAGAAAUCCCUUCCGCUGUUCGAAUUCGCGUAUAAUAACGCGACCUCAGCCACAACCAACCAAUUCUCCAUUCUUCCUCAACUACGGACAGGACCCAGUCGUACCCUCUACACCGACAAUCGACUAAACCUUGUGCCAUUCUAUGGCUUCC